ACACAAAAGAAGACCUCAAGAUCCUCCAGAAGUUACUUCCCUGUACACUUUUAUUUCUCCCACAUCCAAAACCAUGGCAACCAAACACAGCAGCCCCAGUCCACAAGUUCCAGUCAGGAUCAAAGGCCACACAAAGUGUCUGUACCAUAAGGACAAUGAGGUGGUUCUCCUCUGUCAGGACUGUGGAUUACUGAUCUGUACGACUUGUUCCAUAACAACUCACAAAACACACAUUGAUAGCUUUUGUGAAAUUUCGAAAAUUACAAAUGAACAAAAAAAUACACUACUAGACUUUAUGAAUGAAACAGAAAACAUUGAAAUUCCCAAACUCAAAAAUGAAAUCCAAUCGGCAAGGAACGAAAUUUCGACAAGUGAAUCUAACUACAAAAAACUCUCUGUAAAUAUUAAAAAACAGCGCGAUCAAUGUAAACUAGAUUUAGAUAAAAUAACGGAGGAUCAUUUAGCAAUAUGUAACAAGAUGGAGAAGGGGACCACAGACCUCCUUCGGAUUCACAUCACAAACCUGGAGGACAGGUUAGACACUUUAGUUAAACUCUCAUCAGAGUGUAAACAGACCCUCCAGACAGGCACUGCUGUACUUGUGUAUGACUCGGUAUCAGAAAUCCAGGACAUGGACUUAGAUAUCCCACAGGCACCUUACAUAGACAUGACAGAAUUUACUCCAGAUAACAACAGACAACGUCACCUGGAGCAGGCCAUGGGGAAAAUGAAGACUCCUACUGACCAUUUUAAGGCAGGAUCAGCACCUAGUGGUCACUCCGAACAAGGUCCAGUUGUGAGACCUAAACUGUCCAAAUCUACAGAGACGGGUCAAGCCUCCACUGGAGCAGUCCUGUACACACUUUGUGACAGUCCAACUGUCAUAUCCCAGUUCUCAUACCCAGGUGGUAUCUCAUCAAUCUGUCCUACAUCUAAUGGACGUGCAUGGCUGUGUCAUUAUAAAACCAACACAGUAAAACUCAUCAACAACAAAGGUAACUUUUUCUCCAACAAACCUAAAGUCAUACAGAAGAUACAACACAACAGUAACAUCACAGACAUCAGUCUGGACCCCACCACAGGUCGUCUGUGGUUCUGUUGUAAGGCUGAGAGGUCUAUCUGUGAAGUAUCUACAUCAUCUACACCAGUCACAAGGUUUACUACAGAGGGGGACCCUAACAGUCUGUGUGUGACCAGGGAAGGUCGGGUAGUGGUGGGUACAGGAGGGAGACAGGGGUACAAGGUGGUGAUGUACACAGCAGACGGCCAGGUGUUACACACAGCCACUGUGGAGGGGUCAGGGACGGGGUCAGUACUGUCCAUCGCACAGUGUGGUGUUACAGGUAACAUAGCUAUAGUGAGUAGUAAACUUAUCAGUGGAGACAGUAGUGAUCCAAACAACUAUAGGCGUCACAUCACUGUGUACAACCCAACACUCCAGUUCCUGGUCCACUACCGGGGAGAGGGGAUACAGGCACGGGAGGCGAUCACACCAGACAAGUUUGAUCCAGUAACAGUUGUAUAUGACAGUAAGGGUAAUAUUGUUAUUGCUGACUAUAGAAGGAACACAAUAGAACUGAUAAGUGGAGCAGGGAAGUACAUAAAAACACUUCACACAAACAAAGGACAGGGACAAGUAGGUAUACAGAAGGAUGAUGUGUUGUGGUCAUGCUUAGAGUUAGAUACAGGAGAGUGGGGACUCAAACUUCUCAAGUAUUACAGUGACUGAGGAGUGACUAAACCUGGAGUAAUGCUACAGACAAAUUAUACCAAAUAAAUACAAAAAGACGUUAAUUUUAACAUUAAACUUUGACCUUUGUUAUUAUGAUCUUAUACACUUGAUCAACACUUAUACAGACUAACAAUAUCAUGUUUGAGGAAUUAAUGUGAACAUGUCACAGGUUUAUUGUUUUUGUAAAUAGUUUCUGUUACAACUUCUGUUUAGAAGUGUUGUUUCAAAAUAAUGUCAUCAUUAAUUUUAACAAACAGCCAUGCCGGAACAUCAGGUUCAUUUAUUUUGGUAUGAAAUAUGUUCUUUUCAACCUUCAAGAAAAAUGUCAUUGAUUUCUAAAACCUGCAAUGAAAUCUGAAAUCAGCGUCUCUGUACUAAUGACUUGUUUUUUAGGUGUAUAACCUGACUUCCCUUAUAUCCUCAAGUAGACUGUUCUAAAAACCUGAUCUACCCAUAAAUAUUGGGCAUGGACCUUGUGUACAUAUCGAAGGACAUCAAAAACAGUAAAUCUGCUAUGCUGAACUAGCCAGUAGUGAAGUGGGGAUAAACCACUCAAACAAACAGAAACAUCACUGAUUGUGUCACUAACACAGUUCCAAUAUACAAGUAUUGUCAUCAUUCAUUGUUACAAAUCAGCUCUUCCCAAACAUCAGGUCUGUAAUAUGUUCUUUUCAGUAUUCAAAAACAAGGUCAUUGAUUUCAAAAACCUGCAAUGAAAUCUGAAACCAGCGUCUCUGACUUAAAUUGACCUGUUCUCUAGGUGUAAAACCUGACUUCCCUUAUACCACACCUAAAGUGACCUAGGAUUGAGGUUUUAAUUUCGUUGUUACAUGAUGAGAUGGAGAUUUUCAUUGGACAGAUAAAUGAAAUGUUUGCUGUGAGUGUGUAUGAGUCAGAAUCUCUGAACGUGUUGUUAAAUGUGUCACCUAAGCACUUGGAUAUGUUUGGUCUGAAAGUUAAGAAGAUGUUUGGUCUGAAAGUUAAGAAGAUGCCUCACAAAUAUCAGUAAAGAAAUUAUUAUGUAUGCCAUGCAAGUUGUGUGACAGUGAGUGACCACAAAGAUGUUUAAUGUUGUUUUUAGCUCACCUGGCACGAAGUGAGCUUAUGCCGUGGCGCGGCGUCCGUCGU